UCUUUAUUUGUUGAGGAGGAGGAGGAGGUGGUGGUGGUGGAGGUGGCGGAGGAGUGGUGGGGGUCGAAGGGUCCGGGGACGACGGCUCACGAGUUCAGACCAAGCCCAGCAUCUGUGAUUCAUUGCGGCGUCUCUUCCCUGUUUUCUGUUGGAGGAGGACCUAGUCUGUGAUGCAUUCGGGGUUUGGAGGGGACUUGCCGCUUUUACAGGUGAUUCUGUUGCUGGUGCUGCUGUUGGUUGCUGGCUGUGAGCCGUCGUUAGUGUUUCUGUUCUCCCCGGCGAAAUUCACGACGCCCUUAUGCCUCCCCUCGUCAAGUAUUUUGGGGAUGAAGUUUUCUGCCCCGGCGGCCCUUUCAACUCCGACUUCAUGGAUUCGAGCCUCAUGCUUUCUCCAUCGCCUUUUGUCGAUGUCUUCUGCCCACGGCGAAAGCGCGCUCGCAUCAGCGCCCCUUUCAUCCAAAGAGAACAAGAGCCGGCCUCGAGAAAGAUCGUCCCUUCCAUCGACGUCCUCCCCGAUGAGUGCCUCUUUGAGGUCUUCGCGCGGUUACCCAGCAUUCGUGACCGCAGCGCCUGUGCCUGCGUCUCCAAGCGAUGGCUUAUGCUGCAGAGCAGCAUCCGCGGGUCUGAGUUUGCUUCGACUCCCGCCUGUUGCGGUUCCGUGACUGCCACAAAGGUGGCGUCUGCAACCGAGAAAGAUACGACAAAGGCCGCUUUGGCUGUGAAGGAUGCUAAUGGCGAGAGGGUUCUUCCUGCAACCAUUGAAGUCGAUGGCGGUGAUGAAGAGGAGGAAGCUGCCGACUGCGAUGCUGGCCAUCUUACACGGUCUUUGCAGGGCAAGAAGGCAACCGAUGUUAGACUUGCCGCCAUUUCCGUUGGUGCCGCCAAGCUCGGCGGGUUGGGCAAGCUUCUGAUACGGGGUAGUAAUGCAAUUCGUGGUGUUACUGAUGUUGGUCUCUCUGCCAUCGCUCGUGGGUGUCCCUCCCUCAGGGUUCUCUCCCUCUGGAACCUCUCCUCUGUCAGCGACAAAUCAAUCUGUGAGAUCGCUGAAGGUUGUCACCUACUGGAGAAGCUUGAUCUUUGCCAUUGCCCGAACGUUUCUGACAAGGCGUUGCUUGCCAUUGCUGCGAAGUGCCCGAAUUUGUCGUCUGUUUCCUUGGAGUCCUGCCCACUUAUCGGAAACGAAGGUCUUCCGGCCAUCGGCCGUUCCUGUCUGAACCUUCGGUCCAUCAGCAUCAAGGAUUGCCCGCUUGUUGGUGAUCAGGGUAUUGCAGGCCUGGUUGCCUCUGCUGCUGCACUUUCAAGGAUCAAGCUUCAGGGUGUGAACAUCUCUGAUGUGUCACUUGCAGUUAUCGGUCACUAUGGCAAAUCGGUGGCCGAAUUGUCCUUCACAGGUCUUCAGCAUGUUGGUGAGCGUGGCUUCUGGGCUCUGGGCAAUGCCCAUGGCCUGAACAAGCUCAGGACCCUCCAUGUCUCUUCCUGCAAUGGGAUGACAGAUAUGGGUCUUGAAGCUGUUGGUGUUGGUUGCCCUGUUCUGAAACAUCUGUGCCUUCGGAGGUGCUGCUUGCUGUCAGACAGUGGGUUGAGAGCCUUCGCCAGAACAGUGGUGGCGCUUGAGAAUUUGCUGUUGGAAGAGUGCAACUGGAUUACUCAAACUGGUGUCUUGGAUUCUUUCUCCAACUGCAAGGCGAACCUAAAGUCACUUAGUCUGGUGAAAUGCGUAGGGAUCAAUGAUGUUGAUGAUGGUUUAAGUCCCCUGCCUCUGUGUGCCUCUCUGCAUUCACUGACCAUCCGUGGUUGCUCUGGUUUUGGAAGUCGUGGCGUGGCUGUUGUUGGGAAGGUCUGCCCCAAUUUGCAAAAUGUUGAUUUCAGUGGAGUGAGUGGCCUUAGAGACUCUGAUCUGCUGUCUCUGACGGAGAAUUGCAGAGCUGGCCUCACCAAGCUGAACCUGAACGGCUGUGUAAACCUUACAGACGAUGCCAUCAUCCGGUUGGUGAUGUUCCAUGGUGGAAGCCUGCGACUCCUGAACCUUGGUGGUUGCAGGAGUUUAACCGAUGAGAGUCUUAAGGUCAUACUGGCCAAUUGCCCACUGCUGCAGGAACUGAACAUGUCUGGAUGCUCGAUUACAGACCAAGGUUUUUUUUCUUUCAACUCAUCUAACAAGGGACUGCUGCCGGAUCUUCAGAUCCUCUCCCUCUCCGGAUGUUCGCAAGUUUCAGAGAAAAGCUUGCAGGUUUUGGGGUACCUGAGCGGUUCUCUGGUCGGUCUCAACCUUCAACAUUGCAACCUGAUCAGCAGUAAGGCAGUUGGAUGGCUUGGCGAGCGGAUGUGGGGAUGUGACAUCCUCUCUUGAUCUGGACAAAUUGAAAUAGGAAUCGGUGGUUGGACGAAGAAAGCACAUCUGAUUCAGUAUCUCCUUCCGAGAGGGGAUUUUUGAGACGGUUCUUUCACGUCUCCACCAUACCAUCUUUUUUGUUCUUUUUUUUGGGCUCAUUUGUUUGGUCUUCUACAAUGGGCCUUCUGCAGUGAAGAAGUAGAAGGAAAAACAGUCGGAGGAGAAAACAAACCAGGUUGUUUUCAAGGGGGUUCUCUGCCCCGUCCUGUUUUUGCGGGUUCUUCCUUCCAUCUUGGUGGAAGAGAAGUGUUCGUUCACCAUCAAGCGUCCUUACCGCUCGGUGGUUUUUGACUGGACGGAGCAGUUCCUUCUGAAGAGUCACCAUGGUUCUCAUUCUCCAGAAGAUAGGUCUUUCUUUUUUAGUUACUGUAGCGUUUUUAACAGGGACCCUGUUUCGUGUUCACCCUGGUGUUUUGACCGUUGCCUCUUCAUUGCACAUGGUGGUUGAGCACUGUGCAGCUUUUCCAGUAUCUUUUCUGCGCUAAGAGGCUCUGUGGUCUAUGUUUCUCAUGGUGACUGUUGUAUGUUUCCAUGCUGGGUCUCGUUAUUACGUCAUGUAUGCAGCUGGUUUUGUGGCUUGGAUCUCUUUUUCUCUGCCUCUCAGGCUUUAGUGAUGGCAGCGAUUCGUUUGUGUCUGCCAUGACAACCAGGUGCUGGUUUUUUCGCCUCUAGGCCUUGUGUUUUACCGGGCUGUUCUCUGCAAGGGCUGUAUCCUUUCGUGGUUAUGUUAAUGCAAUUGGGUUUUAUCUAA